AAACUCUGUUGGAGGUGCUGCUGUCUCCUUCUCCCUUCUCCUCAGUGAAGUCUUGUUUGUUUUGGACAAAAGGUGCCUGAUGAGGGGGGACCUUCCUGAAUGAAGAAAGGGAGAAUGUGGAGGGAUGUUUCUGCUGCAGAGAAAGGUUCUCGGUUAAACCGCUGUGCCAGUCAUUUAGAAGCUUAAGGAAACAUAUGUGGAAACGAAAAGAUUUUAAAUUCUGCUCUUCAAAUCCAGAGCCCUAGGAGAGCGCUUAAGAAAGAGGAUAGGUUGCUCUGUGGAGGAACCUAUUUGAAGGGCACUUGAGAGAGCAGGCUACUAAACCGCCAAGCUGGGUCUCCACGGCAAGAUGAGUUUGGCUCUGGAGGUGUGUCGGGAAGGCUCCGAAACACUGCUGCAUGGGGAAUUUGGGACCUAUCCCCCCAAAGGGAUCCGGUAUGCCCUCAGCCUCACAUGGACAGAACUGCACAUCCAACGCCUGGUGCCCAAGCCAGACUCAGAUCACCGGACGGUGGUGCGCCUGGUUGAUGUGGCGGGAUGUCACACGCUACGCAGUCACACGCUGGCUGAUCGGUCGGCUUACUUCUGCAUCUAUGCCUACCCGCUGAAGAAACGGAAAGUGGCAGUGAGUGCCGGCCGGGCACGGCAGCGGACUGCAAGGACCUUUCAGGUUGACGGCGCCGAGAGUUUCGUGGACAACCAAGCCAUGGCGGAGAAAUGGGCGGCUGCCAUCAAAUGCCUGGUGCUGGGGAUUCCCAUCUCGAGUGAGACAGAGAUCGCUCCCAGCCUCCUGCCCCGCCCCCGCCGCCUGCUGCUUUUGCUCAACCCUUUCGGAGGCAAGGGGAACGCCCUGCAGUGGUGCCAGGCCCACGUCCUACCCAUGAUCACAGAGGCCGACAUCAGCUUCAACUUGAUCCAGACAGAGCGACAGAACCACGCCAGGGAAUUAGUGCAGAGCAUCAGCUUAGCAGAAUGGGACGGCAUUGUGGCCAUUUCAGGAGACGGGCUUCUUUUUGAGGUUAUUAAUGGCUUGCUGGAACGGCCAGACUGGGAGGAAGCGAUUAAAAUGCCAGUUGGGAUUCUCCCCUGUGGGUCUGGAAAUGCACUGGCUGGAGCCAUUAACGAUUGUGCUGGGUUCGAGCAAGUCUUGGGCCAGGAGCUGCUGACCAACUGCACUCUGAUGCUCUGCCACGGGGCCGUCACCCCCAUGGACCUCGUGUCCAUCUCCACCUUGUCGGGUUCCCGUUCCUUCUCCUUCUUGUCCGUGGCCUGGGGCUUCAUCUCUGACGUGGACAUCGAGAGCGAGAAGUACCGGCACAUGGGUGCGGCCCGGUUCACCGUGGGGACAGUGGUCCGCCUGGCAUCCCUCAACACGUACCGGGGCAGGCUGUCCUACCUGCCCGCUCCAGACACUGCGGCUCACCGGCCCAUCUUGCGUAGCAUCACCAUGUCAGCCAAUGGGAGCCUCCCCUUCCAGCGGAUGCCCCUGCACCGCACUGUCUCCGACAUGGGGCUCUGUGAGAAGCGCCACGCCUUCUCCAUCCGGGGGGCAGAGCCCCCUGAGGACCCUACCCCGUCGCCCAGCUCCCCGCCUUCUUCCGGCUUCCAGCCUUCCAGCUUCAAUUUUGAGGCCUUGCAUGAGGAGCUGGUGGCCGAUGGCAAGGGACCAAGACUGGCGACUCCAAUGAUGGUGGCACCAAAUAGGUCUUCUGCCCGGUGUGUGCACGGGCCCCCAGACCAGUUCCUGGCCCCCCUUGACCAGCCGGUGCCCAAGUCAUGGGUGACAGUGGAAGACGAUUUUGUGAUGCUCAUCCGUGUACCUGUCCGCGCCUUCCGCCUGGAACCCCUCACCCGCAAGGGCAUCCUUACCGUCGAUGGCGAGAGGGUGGAGUACGGCCCCAUCCAAGGAGAAGUCCACCACAGUGUGGCCAACCUAAUCACCGGCAUCCACAAGACUAAGAUUACAACCUUUUGACGCAGGCUCCUGCCACCUCAGUUUCAUGGGCACAUAACAGAUCUGUUUUCUUUCCUUCUACCACAUGGCUGCAAGAGGGAGGGAGGGAGGGUGGGUGACGGAAAGGUGGGGUUGGAGAGAAGAGCCUCCUAACGUGCAAUACCCCCUUGAGGCACCAGGGGGUGAACUACUUAUGGCCACUCUGCCUUUCUAGGCCUUUGAGCAAGCAUGCCAUAAACCCCCCUUACUGAGCCUAUGCUGACAGGUCUUGACCCACCUGCUCCCCCACCCCCUUUUUUGCUCCUCUACAGUCCUCUGCUGCUGUGACCUACUGGCCCAUCUUGCAUAGUAUGUUUAUGGCAAGCAAACAAGAGCCUCUGCUUAUACUGCAUGGGAUGACCUCACCUAUGUCUCACAGGAGUAGUUUGGCAAGUCUGGGCUGCAUCUCCCCUCAAAGGGGAGCUUGGCUACAGGAGUGUGUUGAAGAUGUGAUAUCCUCCCCCUCCCCUUUCCCCCACAAGUCAUGGCUCACCCGAGCUCCUGUGCUGCUUCUCUGCACAUUCCUUCUGCCAGUACAUCAUUCCGACUUUUCCAACCUAUUGUAGCGCUUUCGUACCCUUGCACUACCCCCUCUCACCAGUAGGGGGGCAGCAGGCUUAAAACACUUCAAUAACCGUUUCUGUCACCCUAAGAACAGGGAACCUCCGGGCCAGGAACGGCAUGUGAACUCCAGCCUGUGGGAUCCAUAAUCCGUCCUGCGCUUCUACUGGCUUCCUCUUCUGCUCCCUAUGCUUGGAGGGUCACCGCCUACCCUACUGCACGCCCCUCUUGUGCAGAAUGGGACCCCUAGCCUUGGCCGGAAGGCCGCCCUCAAAAGCCUGCAGUUGUUCAUGCUCGACAAGGGCAGGAGCAGAAGGCAAAGUGACAUGCCGUCUAGGUUAACCUGCUAUUUGCCACGAUGCCCCCUCCCCAUGAAGGGAUCAAGACUGGAACUGGGCGUAUGAGAUAGCGCCCCCCCCCCGUCCUAUCCUCGGAAACUACUCGUUUGUCUCCCUUUUAAGCUAUUAACACUAGAUCCCAGACCAAGGAGAUCCACCUCCUUUCUGGAGUCGCAUUGCUUCAAUGGCCGUUCCUUCUGAAGGGGGGGGGAGCGCGAGGGUAUCUGGGGAAAAGACGGGGGCCGCCUGAGGGUGCUGCAGAAGGGGGUGAAGUCGACUACAUCCAUUCCUGGACAAUUAUCUCCC